AUGGGAGGUCGCGUGGGUCAAUUAAUAAAAGGGAACCACGAGCACGUCUUGUCCUCACUUAUUCCAGUCCGGUGGAAAAUUGCAAUCAAUUUUGAAAAGCCACAUUUUCGCGUGUCGCCGACAGCACGAAGUGUGGCGCAUUAUACGAGUGGUAUUUGGGGACAAGGCGUGCGGAAUUUUGGAUUUAGGGGAAAUCUCACGAGGAAGCAUUCCCUCGAAUAUUGGGCCCAAUUUGACGAGAGAGGAACCUGCCCCGGAGAUAAUUACGAUUUUGCUGAAAGCAUAAAGAGACCAAAUUAUUGACGAGUGCACCGUCAGCAGUAUCCGGACCUCCUCGGACCGAAUUCCACACCGACGCUACCCUUUUCCAUCGCCAGACUCACAAUCGCCAACUGGAUAAGUUUUAUUUUAUUUGUUUAUUUUAUCAUUUUCCUUUUUACUCAUCUUCUCAA